AUGCAGCUGCUGGAGGACUGCCGCUUCGUCAUCGACCUUGAUGGCUGCGGCGGCAACUCGUUUGAGGACCGCCUCUGCAAGGAAAUAGCCGCCCUGGGCGGCGAGGUGGUCUCAUCUCUCGAGGCGGGGUGCACACAUGUGGUCGUGCGCCACGCGCAGCAGGCCAUCCUGCAGCGCGUGGAGGCGCCGCACGUGCAGGUGGUGGCCGCAGAGUAUGUGACCGCCAGCGCGGAGCCAGGGAGGCUGCGGCGGCCGCCGCCGGAGGACUUCCCGCCCUACCCGGGCCCGGCCAUCCCUGGAAUGGCAGAGUCCGGCUACGAGAUUACCCUCUCGAACAUCAAGGGCCCCGACAGGGACAUGGCGCGCUACAGGAUCCAGUGCACCGGCGUUAGGUUUACGGGGGCGAUGGCGCGCACCGCGACACACCUGGUGGUGCAGCUGCCGCUGGAGCGCUCCCAGAAGACCGCCACCGCCGACUCGUGGGGCGUCCACAUUGUGACGCUGGACUGGAUCAACGCGUGCCUUCUGGAGUGGCGCCUGGUGGACGAUGCCCCCUUUGUCGUGCCCCCGCCCAGCCAGCCGCCUGCGGCGCCGGCAGCGGCCGCCGCGGCACCGCCGGCGCCGCGCAGUGGGGCCGGCGAAGGGCCCCAGCUGGACCUGGAAGCGGAAUUUAAGACGGAGCAUGGUGAAUUCCCCGCGUCGGGCGCAGCCGACAGCGCGGCGGCGGCCGGGGCGACGCGGCCCGCGGGCGGCGCCGCGGGCCCGGGGGCCGCGGCCACGGGCGCCCUGCAGCAGGCGGCAGUGCGAGGCAGCCAAGACGCCGCCGCUGCCCAAGGCGCCGACCCCAGCACUAGUGCGGAGGACGGAGGGCCCGCGCCCAGCAGCCCGGGGGGCAGCAGUGCCGGCGCCGCCGGUGCCGUGUGCGCAACGGGGUCCCCCGAGCGCCCGACGGCUGGAGGCGCGCCGGCGGCGCCGGCUGCGGCGUCCACGCCAUCUGGCAAUGCCGACGUCGGCGGCGUCGGCCGACCGCAAUGGCGGCGCCCGCCGGGCAGCGGCGACGGCAACGCCGCCGCCGCUGCCGCCGCCGCCGCGGCUCCGCCGCACAGCGCCGGCGGCACCGGGGUCAGCGGUGGCUGCCCUGCACCGUCUUCUGGCGGCGCGGGCGGCGGCUUUGGCCAGGCGCUUCGCUUCUCUCAGCUGGGCGAUCUUGUGACAGCGCUGGCGCCAUCGUCCGGGGAACACCUGGGCUUUGGCCUUGCGCCGAUUGGGGUUGGGGCUGAUGCGAAGGAGGAGGACAAGGAGGAGAUGGAGGAGGACGAAGGGGAGGAGGAGGAGGAGGCGCUGCGAUCGCUGCUGCAUAAGCAGCAUCCACCGCCGCCACCACAGCAGCAGCAGCAGCAGCAGCAGCAGCAGCAGCAGCAGCAGCAGCAGUCGGAGCAGCAGCAGGAGCCGCAGCAGGCGACGGCAGCAGUAGCCCAGCCUCCGCCGGGGCCGCGCUCGGCGGGCGCCAAGGGGCGGGCUGCCAAGGCCACGGCGGCGGCGACGGCCACGGCGGCGCCGGUGGUCGUCACCCUCAGUGGCUUCCACGCAGACGGCCGCGAGCAGCUGGCCGCAGCCCUGCGGAAGCUUCCCGGCGUGCGCUGCCUGGGCACCGCGCAUGUGUUCGAGGCCGGCACGACGCACGUGGUGGCUCCGGCCCUGAAGCGCAGCGACAAGACGAUGGCGGCCAUGGCGGGGGGCACUGCGUGGCUGGUGGCUGAUUCGUGGGUUGAGGACAGCGUGCGGGCGGGGCGGCCGCUGGACCCCUCAGCCCACGAGCUGCAGGACUGUGAAUCAGGCGCCAUCUCAACCGGCGCCCCCCGCCACUGGCGCCUCCGCCGCGCCGCGACCGGUGCCGGCGCGUUUGCCGGGCUGCGGGUCCUGCUGCACGGCGCGUUUGAGGCGCCAGACGCAGACACCCUCGAGCGCAUGGUCACCGCCGGCGGCGGCGAGGUGCUGCGGCAGGGCCCGCCCUUCGACGCUGAGCUGGCGGAGGGCGGGGGCGCUGACCUGGCGGUCGUCGGGGGCCGCAAGGGGCCGGGCGACAGGUGGGUGCGCGCGUUCAAGGCUGCCGGCGUGCCCUGCGUCUCGUCUGCCUACCUCGUGGACUGGGUGGCCCACCCCUGGACCGAGCUGGGGCCCCACCGCCUGUUCGGCACCGCGCCCGGGCGGAAGCUGGCAGCGCUCGAGGCGGCGCGGCGCGCGGGGGGCAGCACCGCCAGCAGGGCGGAGGCGGAGGCCGAGGGCGCCCGGUCAGCCUCUUUUUGA